AUGUCGCUGUCGCUCGUCACGCUCACCUCUGCUGCGGCGCUCUUCGGCGGCAAGGUGGCUCCUACGCAGCGGUCGGGUAGCGCCUACAGCUACGCGGCUCGCUCGCUCGUCGACAACUCGGUGCAGGAGCUCGAGCAGUACAGGGGGCCGUGCCAGCGGCGUGCACGCGACAGAGCACCGCUGCCGCGACUCCGCACCGCCCUCACCACCAUCGUCCUCACCGCCAUCGCCGCGCUCCAGUCGCGCCUGGAGUCCCGCGGCUUCUGUGUCCUCGCCUUCCCCUGCAACCAGUUCGGCGGCCAGGAGCCGGGCUCCGCCUCGGAGAUCCUCGAGUUUGCGCGCGGCAAGUGA